AUGCCCCGCAUUGCGAUCUUCGAUCUCUCCGCGAGCGCAUCAGAGGUGAACUUUACGGAUCAGGACUUGGAUGAGUCCGAGCUGGGGGGCAACAUCACAUGGCUCGAACCCUUGGAUCACUAUGGGCGCUUGGACUUCUACAGCCUGUACUUGGAAGCCGACAGCCGCUUGAAAUUGGAGGAUGUGCCAGCAGCGACCAGCUGGUCCCAUGUGCCCGCGGAGACUCCGCAGAGUGGCUACACUCACAUUGCUAUUUACGCCGCCUCGCAGCUGGCGGAGCAGACUACUCCCGCCACGCUGCUGAUCGAAGAUACGGUCGCCAGGGCCAGCAAUCUGAGCUUUCUGGACCUCGAUUUGGACCUGGGCCACCUGGGGGGGAACCUCAGCUGGCUGGAGCCUGCGGACAUGAGCCAGGUGACUCACUACGCCGUCUACUUCGCAGAGGCGCUUUCAGACAAUGAGACGGCCUGCGUGGUGCUGGGUCACGUAGCGGCGCUGGUCACAGGCAGCUUCUCGCUGGACCUGGACGCCACGGAGGCGCAGGUGGAGGAGGCGGCGCGUCUGGCGCUGGCCACGUCGCUGGACGUGGACCCCGGCCAGAUCCAAGUCACCGUGACGGCCACGGUCUUGCGGCGGCUGGAGGAUGAGGUGAAUCCGACUCGGCGGCUGGCCGCUACACACUGGGAGGUUUCGUACCUCGCGGUGGUGGCUGUGGAACUUGCCUCGGAUGUCGUGGAAGUGGUGGCUGCCGUGAAUGCGGACCAGAGCGCAUUUACGGAGCGCAUGAAGACCGAGCUGGUGCAUCAAGGCGUGGAUCCAGGUGCUGUGAAGCAGGUCACCGUGGCCUCGUUUAGUACGGCGGCGGUGGAAGUGGUGGCCACGACGACGACCACCACCUCCAGCAGCAGCACCACUAGCACCAGCACCAGCACUUCCAGCACCUCUAGCACCAGCAGCACUUCCACCAGCAGCUCAACCACCACAAGCUCAAGCUCCACCAGCUCUUCGACCACCACCACGGAGAGUCCUCCACUACUAGCUCCAGCACCAGCACGUCCACCACCAGCAGCUCAAGCACCAGUAGCUCAACCACCACAAGCUCAAGCACCACCAGCUCUUCGACCACCACCACGGAGAGUCCUCCACUACCAGCUCCAGCACCAGCACAUCUAG